AUAGAACCGUUCGUCAAAACAUGGCGCGGAUUCGCGAAAGAGAUAAGAAACUGUUCCCGUUACAAACUAUUGCUUCUGUCGUCGAAUUGUUUAAGAAUCAUCUCGUGAACCAGGAUGAGCCUGAUUUAAUACUCCUUUCUCUAGUACUUGGAGCUAUUGAGCACUCAAUUACUGAUCGUCGUCCCUGUAAAAAUGGCGCGAAAGAUGCUGACCGAAGUAACAUCGAGUUCCCGCCAUUGAAAUUAUCGACUAUCGACGCACUUUAUCAGAAGUUUGAAACCCAUAUUUUAUCAAAUGUCAGCCCAAUUGAAAAGGCUCGCGAAGAAACUACGAUUGAGUUCCUACGAAAAGUAUCUGAUGUCGUGUGGAACUCUCUCUUACGCAGUUAUCAAAAAGAAAAGGCUCAUAUGCAGACUCUCUUCAGUUACGUGACAGCCAGUAAGUUGGACGCCUAUGGUGUGUCAUAUGGAGUUUCAGCGGCAUGCCAACUUUUAAAAAGGAACGAUGUUCGAUUAGCCCUGUCUGAAGAUCACUCAUGGAUUGUUUUUGGAAAAAGUUUGGAUAAAAGCUUAGAAGUUACUUGGCAUGGUAAAGGUACUGAUGAUCGUCGAGGUCAAACAGCGGAUCAAGGUGUUCAAGAGAGGAAUUGGAGAUACCAGAAUAGCUAUGCACUAAAAUGUACAAGGCCGAUGGAAGUGGCAUCUUUAAUUUGCGCAAUCGAUGUUCACUUGUCUGCAACAACUGACAGUUUGGAACUAAGAAACUUACAACAAGCUCUUCUUUGGCUGUUAUACGAUAUGGGACAUUUAGAGAAGUAUCCAUCGGCAUUAAGCACGUUGGCUGAUCUACAAGAACUGAAAUCGACAAAUAGCUCGCUCACGCCUGUCAAACUUUAUCAAAAAGCUAUCGAAUGCAAUCGAAAAUUUUAUGACAAUCACUACGUUUAUCCAUACACUUUUUUGGGCAACCAUUAUUAUCGCCGUAAAAUUUAUAAGGAAGCUUUACAAUGCUGGAGCGAAGCGGCCGACGUCAUUAGAAAAUAUAAUUAUUCGAGAGAAGAUGAAUCGAUUUAUAACAUCUUUUUGGAAAUUUCAAAUUCCCUACUUCCGGAUAUUGUAAAAUAUUUUUCAACUGGUAUCGUCGCUUCCAGGGAUUCUCUACUUUGCGAUCCUGAAUGUUAUGCAUAUAUACUUCAAUUUUAUGAUGGAGUCUGUCAAUGGGAAGAAGAUUCCGAUACUCCUGUUCUUCAUAUAACUUGGGCAAAUAAAGUUUGCUUUUCCUUAUCAAAAUUCGAUAGUGAUACCAGAGGAAGAGUUCAUUUGGAUGAAAAUUGUAAAGAGGAUGAUAAAGAAAACAAUGAUGAAAAACCUUUAAAUAUUCAAGAAGUUGUAAAGCAGUACAGCGAAUUUGGAGAGACUUCACCCAAGAUCGAUGAAAUCGCUAGAAAUUGCGGUGAAGCACUGCUAAACAAGGAAUUUUUAGAUGAAGGUCAUGGAGAACCUUUUACAAAUAAUAAUGGAAGUCUGGGAUCUUACCCUACGAAAUUAAAUAUUGAGCCUCGACUUACUUUACGGUCAACAAAGAUGAAGAACAUAUCGUCUUUACUCACUGCAACGAGAUUUAACACGAGUGCCAUUGAAUUACAAUUAACUGCCCAGUCACAAGUCACUCUCAAACACUCUGCUCCAGCAAGGGGUUACCCAAGAGCAAAACGACAAAGAAGAAAUUGA